AAAUAGUUAAUGAAAUAAUACCCUCUCUUGAUUUCGUUGUGUGUAACUUUCUUUCUAUGGUUUUUUAACCAUCUCUAAUUGCUUUUUAGUUAAUCACCUCUUGCAGCAAGGCAUCGAUCCGGACUGUCGAAACGAAGACGGACUGACGGCAUUGCACCAGUGCGCCGUUGAUAAUAACGAAGAAAUCAUGCGGAUCUUGUUAAGCUACGGCGCGAACGUCAACGUCCGUGAUUCUGAGUUGUGGACCCCACUGCACGCGGCCGCUUGCUGUGGUCACAUCAGCAUCAUGCAGCUUUUGAUCAAGAGCGGUGCCGAACUACUCGCUGUCAACUCUGACGGCAACAUGCCUUACGACGUUUGCGACGACGAAGAAGCGCUAGAUUAUAUCGAGACCGAGAUGGCUAGCCGAGGGUGGAUACAUCCCGAAAUCACGUUCAUGAAAACUGUUUCUCUGUUCAGCUUUUUACUGUUUGAAGAUUAA